GUGAUUUCAAUAAUGACGCGCCAUCUAGAAGUCUAAGUGGUGAUUCUGUCGUUACGUUUACAGCGUUGAACAAUUGUAAAUAUGUCAUUAAUGAAGGUUAUAUGUCGUACGUAGCCUUAAAUAUGAAAAUCUGACUUUGAAACCGAUUUCAUCUCAUUUCGUAGUUGAACAAUGUCGUUGGCCGCUUGCCGAUUUUGAUUACUUCCUUGUACCAUGAUGGGAAUAUUGUACGAGAAGAGGCCACUGAAACGGCCUAAAUUAGGGCCGCCUGACGUGUAUCCGCAGGAACCUAAACAAAAGGAAGAUGAACUUACUUCGACGAAUGUUAAACUCGGCUUUGCGACAAUGCCACAGAUGUCGGAGGAAUUCGGGACCGCCAGACAUUGUAAUGUCACCGCUGCCAAAGUGGGGGCAUAUUUUAACGCAAUUCUAGCUAAAAAGGAAGAACUGUCUACAAUGCCAGACACAGCAAGGAAACGGCAACAGAUUAAUCCAAAAGAUAAUUUCUGGCCAGUGACUGCCAGAACAAAAAAUGGCAUCGAAGCAUGGUUUAAAGACUUGUCCGGGUGUAAACCACUGAUAGCUCUAGCUAAGAAGGCACCGAACUUUAAUAAGAAAGAGGAGAUAUUCAUGAUGCUUUGCGAGUAUCAAGUACCGAUGCUCAGAGCAGCUUGGUUCAUUAAGCUUAGCUCUGCUUACACGGUGGCUGUUUCUGAAGCUAAGAUAAAAAAAAGGCAGUUACCUGAUCCGACUACGGAAUGGACGGGAACGCUUAUAAAAUUUUUGAAGGAUCAACUUACCAAACUGCAGGAAUAUUAUUAUAUAAAUAAUCAUACUAUAAAUAAUACUAGUAGUAAUAGUAUUUCAAACAAUUCUUGCAAUGGGAACAAUGCUGGGAAUAAUAGUAAUAACAACAAUAGUAGCAAUAAUGUUAAUAAUGCUAACAACAAUAGCAGCAACAAUAACAAUAAUAAUAAUAAUAAUAAUGGAGUUGCUAAUAAUCAGCCAGUUACACCGAAUUCAAGUAGUCAAGUAACAACUGGAAACAUGAAUGAGGAGCAUAAAUUAGCAUUAAGACAAUGGCAUUAUUGUAUACAAUUGGCGAAAUAUAUGUUCGAAGAAGGAUUAUUAGAUAGACAAGAGUUAUUACAAUGGAUUUUAGAAUUAUUAGACAAAAUUAAAUCUUCCCCUUCAGAAAAUGGUAUUCUGAAGCUUCUGUUGCCAUUAGCAUUACAAUAUUUAGAGGAAUUUGUGCAAUCUGAAUUAUUAGCCAGACGUUUGGCAUAUUUGUGUUGUCGCAAAUUGGCACAUAUGUGUAGUAAUAUAGAAACCAAUGGCAAUCCACAAAGUCCGUCCAUAAAUAAAAGUGAUGUUAAUGGUGGAAAAGACACUGUCAACGCUAACCAAAUUCAAAAUCCGUUAACUGCUGCUUUUAAUGAUUACUUAUCUUGUCCACAUCACAGAGAUGUGAUUUAUAGUUUAUCAACAAUAAUACAGGUUAUUACCUUAGAAUGUCCAACUGCAUUAGUGUGGAAUAGCGUUGGUGAAGGAAAAGCUCCGUCUGUGUUAAAUGGUUCUCCUUUAGAUUAUUUGCCAUGUCCUCCUACAGCUUUACCUUGUCCACCUGUGAGCACAACUAAUCCUACAAUAAAACAACUGAAAAUCGCUCAAAAAAAUAUUCGAGCAAGGUCUCAAGCUGCUGAAGGAAAAUGGUCAUGCGACAAGUGGCAGCAAAGCAGUGCUGGAAUAACAACUACUAAAGUAUUGGCUGCUUUAGAUGCUCUAGAUCGGCACAGUUUUGAUAGAAUGGAUUCUACCAAUUCGUUAGAUACUUUGUAUGCUAAAAUAUUUACAUCACCUCCAAAAGAUAAUACUAACGAACGAGAUACGAAAACGGAGUACAAUCCGCAACAAGAUUCUGCUGUGGUUGAAAUUUUAUGCGAAUGGGCAGUAAGCGCUGAAAGAUGGGGAGAACAUAGAGCAAUGGCAGUUGCAAAAUUGCUGGAGAAACGCCAGAGUGAAGUUACUGGAGAAACAAAUGAGAAUGAUGAUAAAGAUAGUAUUUGUAGUAAUGGAAAUCCACCCGUGCUUCCAAUUUUUCAAUCAUUACUUAUGAAAUUUUUGGACAUGGACGCCCCGGUACUAGAUAAUACAACAACUCAGUCAAAAGUUCAGUUUACGAAUUUGGUUCACUUAUUUUCAGAAUUAAUUAGACAUGAUGUAUUUUCACACGAUGCAUACAUGUGUACACUCAUCUCAAGAGGAGAUCUCAUACAAGGUCCUGCAGCUAGCAAGCCUGGAACUCCGAGCAAUCGAGAACCGAUUGACGAAGACAGUCUGUUUACUGGAAUAGAUUUAAAACCAACAAAAUUAGAAGUAUCAGAUCACGGAAGAACAAUGGAUUACGAUGACAGUAAAAUUGAUGAUGAUUUGGACAAGUUAUUACAACAUAUCAAAGAGGAUCAGCAAAAUAGCAUGGAUGCACCUGACAGUCCUAAAGAAGAUGCACUAGCUGGCCAUGGGACUCAAGAAGGAUUAGAUUCCAAAAUGCCAUCAAGUCAUAGUAGACAUUUAUUAUAUACAAGACAUUUCCCAUUACCACAAGACGAAACAUGCAGUCAACAUGAUUGUAAUCAACGACAUGUAUUACUUUAUGGAGUAGGUCGCGUUAGAGACGAUGCUAGACAUAUUGUUAAAAAAAUGACGAAAGAAGUAUGUAAAUUAUUUGGAAAGAAAUUUAGCAUUGACGUUGCAGAAGGUGGCAAAGUGAAGAAACAUUCACGAAACGAAUUUAACUUUGAGGCGAUAACGUUGAAGUUUCAGAAUCUCAGUUAUUUUGAUCAACAUGUAGUAACGUGGCAAUGUGCGACACAAGUUAUAGAAAUGUUAAAUACAUUUGCAUUGGCCGGUUCGUCUUAUUUGCCCGUCCAAGAACAUGUAGCAUUUCUGUUUGAUUUAAUGGAAUUAGCGCUAAACAUAUACGGUUUGAUAGAUGUUUGUAUCCAAAUAUUAAAAGAGUUAUCAGAAGUUGAAACACAAUUGGGACUUAGAAAUAGUCAACUCGUUAGAAGCUACACUACGAGUUUAAUGUCUCCGGAACAAACAACGGCGGUAUUCGAUUUACUUUGUAAAGUUGUAAAGCAUGUAUCCAAUCCUAGCGACUGUAGUUCCGCCGAACGAUGCGUAUUGGCGCAUCUUUAUGAUUUAUAUUCGUCUUGUUCGUUGUUGAAAACAAAACCACAUGGAGUGGAAGCAUUUAGCAAUGCUUAUCCUAAAAUUCGAACGGCUCUUUAUAGUACGUUGCAACCAACAACAUCGAGCCAUGUGUACAAUUCACAAUUUAUGGUGGACGUUUUUACUAGUCCAAGACGCGGUGGGAAAAUCGAACCGCAGUGGGCCAGACAGUUAAACGAGACACCAGCGAAUCGUUACAGUUUUGUUUGCAACGCAAUAGUUGCAGUUUGUAGCGAAACGGAUAACGAUAAAUUAAAUGAUAUUGCGAUAACAUGCGCGGAAUUAACAGCUUGUUGUAAUGCACUUAACGCCGAAUGGCUCGGAGUUCUUAUGGCACUUUGCUGUUCUUCUAAUAGCUCUGCGUUUUACAUUGAUGUGCUAAAUCAAGUUGAUGUACAAGACUUAAGUAUACAUAAUUCUCUGGCUGUAUUCACGUCAAUUUUAAUUGCAAGACACUGCUUCUCAUUGGAGGAUUUUGUUGUGCAUAUAGCAUUACCAUCUUUAGUUAAAGCUUGUAAUGAGGGUCGCGGAGACGCAGAUAUGGAAGCAGAAGCUGGAGCACGUUUAACUUGUCAUUUGCUUCUACGACUUUUUAAAACGGUCGAAUGUCCUCAACCAGCGCUUUACUCCGUGAGCACAAGUCCUCAUCCUUUACCAAAUGGAAAUUCCAGAGGUUACAGUAUAAAGUUAAGUUGUGAUAGACAUUUGCUGGCAGCUGCUCAUAAUAACAUCAGAGUCGGUCCGGUUUUAGCUGUAUUGAAAGCUAUCCUAGUCGUCGCUGAUGCAACUGCUGGUAAACAACCGCCAAAGAAACCAGAUGUGCCAAUCAAUCAUUCGAAUAAAGUAGGAGGACCAGCUAGUGUUGGUGUCGGUGUCGGUGUAACUGCAGGCGGCCCAAGCGAAUUGUCUAUCAGCCAUAUCUUAGGUACCAGUGAUAUUCUAGGAGGUGGUGACGACUUGGGACUCGAUUUAGCGAUAUCCUCAUCUAGCAGCAGUGCUGGAAUGACUACUGAAAAUGUUAAAGGAUUAUCAGACUUCGCGCAACACGUUUUAAGACAAAUUUGUAGCCAAGAAUGGGUUUUAGAAAGAUGCUUACAAAACCCUGAGGAACUUUGUCAUCCUGAUAUGUUACUCGAUAAUAUGCUGACACCACGUCAAGCUCAACGAUUACUUCACAUGAUCUGCUAUCCGGAGAUUUCUACAGAUGCAUUCAUUGACCAGAAGACUCAUAUAACAAACAUUUUGGAAAAUCUGGAGCAAUGGAGUUUAAGAAUGUCGUGGCUUGAUCUGCAACUAAUGUAUAAGCAAUUUCCUCCGGGAUCGAGCGAUCUUUCACAAUGGUUGGACACCGUUGCCAAAGCUGCAAUCGAUGUGUUUCAGUUGAAUACUAUGUCUAGUAAACCAGAUAAACGGUCUGGAUCGAUAUGGUUAGUUGCACCACUCGUCUCAAAAUUACCAAGCGCAGUGCAAGGUCGAGUUUUAAAAGUAGCGGGCCAGGUAUUAGAAUCCGGUAAUUGGUCAAAAACAGCAACAGGUCGCGAGAGAAGUAGAUCGAAAUCACCAUCUCUGUUUAAUCAUCAGCCGUUCCUAUCGUUAGUACUAACUUGCCUCAAAGGUCAAGAUGAUCAAAGAGAAGGCCUUCUGAUGUCUCUACAUUCACAACUAUCACAGUUCUUGAACAUUAGCAAAGAGGAGAAAAAUUUUGUUACCGAAGACCCUAAGACGAGAGAAGUGUUGCAAGAUGCAUUGCAAUUGAGAUUUAGUCUCGUAGGUGGUGUCUUUGAUACUAUACAAAGAAAUACGACUGCUACCACAGACUGGGCUAUCUUGUUAGUUCAGCUGGUUAGCUAUGGUGUUAUAGAUUUAAAUAAUAAUUCUGGAUUGUUUACAACUGUCAUAGAUAUGUUAGCAACCCUAAUACAUUCUACUUUAGUUUCUGAUUCGCAAUCUGAAAAAGAUGAGAAUAAGAAACAUUAUCAAAAUUUAAUGAAAAAAUUGAAAAAAGAACUUGGUGAUAGAAAUUCUCCUAGUAUUCGAUAUGUCAGACAAUUGUUACCACUACCAAAAUUGACGAUGGAAGUAAUUACAUGUGAGCCAGUUGGAUGUUUGACGGAUACAAAAGGAAAUAAAAUAGCUGGUUUUGAUAGUAUUGAUAAAAAACAGGGUUUGCAAGUAUGUGAUUCUCAAAGGGUAUCUGCGUGGGAAGUAUUAGAAGGUCAUAAAAAUCCGGCACCAAUUUCCUGGGCUUGGUUCAGAGCAGUUAAAUUGGAACGUAAACCUCUGACAUAUCAAAAUGCUCAUAAGCUUUUACGAUACCAUACACAUAGUCAAAUUAGACCUCCUAGCCAUUAUUUGGAUCCACCACCGUUACCUCCAGAAGAUUUAGAACCAGACAAAAAAGAAUCAGAACCUGGCAAAGCUGAUACACCAAUGAGUAUCGAUUCUCCUGGAAGAGUAACAGGUAGUGUCGGUAGUAGUGGAAUCAGUAAUACUAUUACUAAUGGCAAAGGGAAAGCUAUGAAAACUCGAAGACAUAGAAGGAACAAGGGAGCUACUACACCUACUACACCUGUUUCACAACAAAUUCAGCAACCACCAAGUCAACUGCAACAAAUGCCAUUUGGAAAUCAGCAAGUACCCGUCAGUCAACAACCUGGAAUGUUUACUAAUCAACCACCGCAGCAUCAACAACCUUGGUACACUAAUCAGCAAACUCACGCACCAGCUCAACAGUAUGCAUAUGGACAGCAAUUACCACCAACUCCAGUUGGGCCAAGAUACGACAGACCAGGCAUGAACAACCAGUCAAAACAGGCUCUUUCUCAUAUGUUACGUUUACGACUACCGUCCAAUCAAUUAAUAAGUUCCCAGCAGCAACCAAGUGCCGCGCCUGUUGCUGGCCCUGGAGCAUUCCAAGGAAUGCAGAGACAACAAUUCAUUAGACAUCAAUUGAGAGCUCAACAUGGAGCUCCAAAUAUCAAUCCACAGCAAGGAAUGUUUGCUUCACAACAACAGCAACAACAACCACAACAACAAGGAAUUUACACUGGAAUGCAACAAGGUGGAAUGAAUCAAAAUUAUGCGGGAUAUGGAGGCCAACAAAUGAUACCGCAGCAACAACAGCAAGCCCAGCAACAACAACAGGCACCUCAACAAGCCCAACAGCAACAACAGUUGCUACAGCAGCAACAGCAGCAACAAGGUUUAAUGAAUCAACAACAAAACAUGAUGUUUACUAAUCAGCAACAAAUGAUGGGACCUCAAAGGGCGCAAGAGUAUAUACCACAACAACGUAUGCAACCUGGAGCUACAAGGCCACCAUAUCUUCAGGCUCCAAAUGUCACAAUGAAUACAAUGGGUCCAAUGGGAGGGGGAGUUCAAAGUCAACCAGCGCCACCGUAUCGGCAAACUAGUGGGAAACCUGGUACGGUUGGUGUAACGGGGGUAGGCACCACUAACGUUGGGUUACAACAGAAUCAACAAUUCCAACAGCAACAGACGAUAAACCAACAACGUAUGAGACAACAAAUGCUGGCAAUGCAACAGCAACAACAACAGGCACAGCAGCAGCAACAAGCGCAGCAACAACAGCAGCAACAACAACAAGGUAAUACUGGUGGGCAACAGCCAACUCCGCAAUUGGUGACGCAUUUACAACGACACUUGAGUCAACCUCCGCAACACUAUCAACAUCAGCCGCCGCCUUAUUAGUUUAAUCUGUAUAUAAUUAAUUAAUAUGUAUAAUUUACAUAUAAAGUGUGUAAAUUUGAAUCACAAGAGUUACAUAAUUUAAUUUGCAGUAUGAAUGUGUAAAGCGUGCCAUGGCAGAGGCAAUAAAAUGAAAAGAAUUUUAGAAAAGUAUUAAAAGCUAUUUCAUUUAUUUUUUUACUUUUUAACGGUUUACACUGUGCAUUAUGCAAAAAGUGGACCACAAUAAUCUUCUAAAAAUAUUUUAUAAUUUCU